AUGGAUAGUUUCGGCUCCCACGAGGAGCAGCACAGUGUUGCUCAAUUCAACCUACCCAACUCGGACUCGCGCAGCGCCAACAUACACAGCCAGGUCACCGACAUCGCCGUGGAGAAGUUCUCUCUCCGGUUCCAUGACUUCAUCGCUCCCAACCCCGCCAACUCCAACGCAUCCAUCUGGAUCAAGGGCAGCAAGGCACCUGUCAACGAUCUCGCCUCGAUCGUGAGCGAGGGCGGCACAGUACAGCGCAACGUCAGAGCCGACCAGGAGGUCGUGGCUUACACCCCUCUCGUGACUGCUAUCAACUCAGUCUGCGCUCGUCAUGGUCUCUUCCCGAUUACUGAAUACGAUCUCAUUCAUCUUCAGCGUGAGCACUGGUUCGACGCCUUCGCUAAGCAAUUCUUGAAGAAGUAUCGUGCGGAACGUAGCAUCGACUACAUGUCGUUCUACGAUAUGAAUGCGGUGACGGGUGACCGCAUGGUACUGCUACUUGAGGCUCUGGAGUUUGCCAGAAGGCUUCCCAAGGUCGCGCUCGGCGUAGUAAUCCACAACAAUGGCUCACAGCCAUGGGUCACCUUGUACCCGUGCCCCAUGUCCGAGAGCCCCAUGACUGCCUGGGUUCUGGUCGAACCCAACUCCACUGGAAACAGGUACUACGGUAUCGGUGUUAUCACCACUCAGCAAGUCAGCGAACCCGACAUGGAAGAAGAAACUGAGCAUGCUGCACCCACCCCUGCCCCUAGAAAGACUGCAGCGCGUAUCUUAGCCCUACAGGCACCCCUUGCCGCCGGCACCUCCAUCGACGACAUCCUCGACAAUCACCCAGAGCUGGUACAUUACGUCAACCUCUUGAAGGUUGGGCUGAGACUCAGUAACAAAGACAUUGCGAAGCGUUUGGGCUUUGACUAUUCCAGCGUUAUCGUCAAGCGCAUGACUGUCGCUGUCGAUUACAUCGAAAGUGAGUUCGAUAUCGAUCAGAACUGCUUCCGCACCCUAUACGACCGCGAGCGCAAGGCUGCAGAGGUAGCAACCCGUGGCAAGGAUGAGGCGUCAGAAGAAGCUCUUACAGCCAACGAGGGCAAGAUUGCGCAGGCCAUGGCCUGGAUCAAAGCCGGAGGUCCUCGCCCGACACGCACUACUGCCGGCGCUCAUGCCGCUCCUUUUGGUCGGGGCGUUGCUCUACCCCCAACCAUGAACCCUGGUCCUUUUCCCAGGUCCUACACUGCUCCUACCUCUCGUUCCGUGACUCGGGAUGCCACUACGGCCUACCAUAGUGCUCCACUCGGCUACGCUCCUGCCUCCCAUCUUCCCCUCGACCACCAACAUUUCUCCGAUGCUCGCGGCCCUGCUGUCCAGCGCGUCUCCACCGGGGCCAACUCCACUGGUUUCGCUUAUCAAGACUUCCAGGGCUCUUCAGACGCCUCUAGCCACAACCAAGGCUCGCAGAUGGAGAUCGAUAGAAACGACCCCCGAACUCCACAAUAGGACCAAGCACAUCAAACGUCGUUUUCGCCAUAACGUGAGAAAUUCGAAGGUGGAGAGGUCGUUUCGAGAUGGGUUUCAAGCAAGGACACUCUUGCUGACAUGCUUACCAAGCCAUUGGGUCGUGGCCAAAAGCGCCACUGCUUCCCUCCCUUCUGAAGACAUCCGGCCUGUUCCUUUGAUUUACUCCUCACGACUGCCCAGCGGGGAGGCAGCCUUCCUCAUACCACUCUCAUUGCGGC